GAGUCAGCAAACAAAACGGAGAAACAGAAGAACAAAACAGAGGAAAUCAACAAGGAUAACACUGGAAGCGCUGAAUGCAGCCAAUUAAGAACAAUGGAUCUCAAGUUCAACAACUCCAGGAAAUAUAUUUCUAUCUCGGUCCCUUCCAAAUCCCAAACAAUGUCACCACAUAUCAAGUCCGUAGAUGACAUCAUGGUACUUGGCAUCAAUCUCAGCAGAUUUAACAAACUUACUCAAUUUUUCAUAUGUGUUGCUGGAGUUUUUGUAUUUUACCUAAUUUAUGGAUAUUUACAGGAAUUAAUAUUUUCAGUGGAGGGUUUUAAGUCCUAUGGCUGGUACCUUACACUAGUGCAGUUUGGGUUUUACUCCAUAUUUGGCCUAAUAGAACUUCAGCUUAUUAAGGACAAGAGGAGAAGAAUACCAGGAAAAACCUACAUGAUAAUAGCUUUUCUAACUGUGGGUACUAUGGGGUUAUCAAACACUUCCUUGGGCUACCUGAAUUACCCUACCCAAGUCAUCUUCAAGUGCUGCAAAUUGAUUCCUGUUAUGCUAGGAGGAGUUUUUAUCCAAGGAAAACGAUACAACGUUGCAGAUGUGUCUGCUGCAGUUUGUAUGAGCCUAGGCCUAAUCUGGUUUACCUUGGCUGACAGCACAAUUGCACCAAAUUUCAACCUGACAGGUGUGAUCCUAAUUUCCCUGGCACUAUGUGCAGAUGCCGUUAUUGGAAAUGUCCAAGAGAAAGCUAUGAAACUUCAUAAUGCUUCUAAUUCAGAAAUGGUUCUGUAUUCGUACUCAAUAGGUUUUGUGUACAUUUUAUUGGGAUUGACGUGCACUAGUGAAAUACGCCCUGCAGUCACAUUUUGUUCAAAGAAUCCAAUUCGAACCUAUGGUUAUGCUUUCCUGUUUUCCCUCACUGGGUAUUUUGGAAUCUCCUUUGUUCUGGCUUUGAUUAAAAUUUUUGGGGCACUUCUUGCUGUAACAGUGACAACAGGAAGAAAAGCGAUGACCAUUGUGCUUUCCUUUCUAUUCUUUGCUAAACCAUUCUCAUUUCAAUAUGUAUGGUCUGGUUUGUUAGUUGUCCUUGGUAUAUUUCUCAAUGUCUACAGCAAAAAUAUGGACAAAAUAAGACUACCAUCACUACAAGGUCUGAUGAACAUAUCAGCGGAUGAGAGAAAGUCAAGGACGUUGAUACAACCUGUAUAGGCAGUGUCUUGUUCAAACUAGAAUCUUAUGGGAACAGUGGAAUUAAUGAACUUAACAAAGGGAUUGUUAUAAAGACCAAAGGAUCUGAAGGCCUGCUGUC